CCAGCCCUCCGCCGCGACCCCGGCCCCGGUCCCAGCUCGGCUUGUGCUCCCGCCAGAGGCUGCCCGCGCCUGCCUCCUGCCGCCGCCGCCCCGGCCUGACCUGACCGGGAAGCAGUUCCGGCGGGCCGCCGCCGCCGCCGCCGUGACUCAUCUGCCUGCCCGCAUUCCCCGAUCGGGCCAUCUUGGUGGCGGCCGGCGCGGCACACGGAGCCGCGGAGGAAGCCGCGGAGACCCAGGGCCCAGAACAAGUCCACCCUCCUGUGCAGCCCGCCAUGGCCUUGUGAGGGCGGCGAUCAAGGAGCCACAUCCGGAGCUGGGGAUCCGCAAGGCUCUGCACCCCCUGCCUGCUCUGGCUGUGCUCAUCUCUCGGUCCGUCUGCCCUGCCUUCUUGUUUGGGCUUCUCAGCCACGCUGGGUCUUGAACCCUGCCCUUUCCUUGAUUUCUCUCUGGGUCUACCCAAUUUUAGCAUCACAGGUGCUCAGGUUCUGGGAUACCCAAACCCCCUUCUCCCGCUUCAUCAGUCUCAGCCUUUGGCCGACCUCUGGCCGCCAUGGUUCAACCCCAGACCGCAAAAGCUGAAACCCCAGCCUCUGCAGCUUCUACCAAUGCCCAAAUGGAUGACGUCAUCGACACCCUGACCUCCCUGCGCCUCACCAACUCCGCGCUGAGGCGGGAGGCCUCGACCCUGCGGGCAGAAAAGGCCAACCUCACCAACAUGCUGGAGAGCGUGAUGGCGGAGUUGACCUUGUUACGCACCCGGGCUCGCAUUCCCGGGGCGCUGCAGAUCACCCCACCCAUCUCGGCCAUUACCUCCAACGGGACCCGGCCCCUGACAACGCCUCCAACCUCUCUGCCCGAGCCCUUUUCCGGAGACCCUGGCCAGCUGGCGGGGUUCUUGAUGCAGAUGGACAGAUUCAUGAUCUUCCAGGCCUCGCGCUUUCCCGGAGAGGCCGAGCGAGUGGCGUUCCUCGUGUCCCGGCUGACCGGGGAGGCGGAGAAGUGGGCGAUCCCCCACAUGCAACCCGACAGCCCCUUGCGAAACAACUAUCAGGGAUUCCUGGCCGAGUUGCGGAGAACCUACAAGUCUCCGCUGCGGCACGCGCGGCGCGCCCAGAUCAGAAAGACUUCGGCCUCGAAUCGAGCCGUGCGGGAACGGCAGUCGCUCUGCCGCCAGCUGGCCGCCACGGGCACGGUGCCCUGCCCCGUGCACCCAGCCUCCAACGGGACCAGUCCAGCCCCGGCCCUGCCCACCAGAGCUCGGAACCUUUAGGAAUCGGCCACCACCCUGGUCUGUCUGCCGCCACCCAGGUAGCAUACCCCCUUUGCUGCGUAGAAGAAAUGUCCGUACCACAGCAUCGCCCUUGUUUGGAGACAUCCCUUCCUGCCUCUCUUGUUCCAUAAGGACGUCUGUCAUUGCUCCUGGGCGCCCUGUGACCCACCUUGCUUCCUGGUGUUACGUGCUAGCUUGGGACCUCCACUGCAUGUUUCCCUUCCCUCGCUUGCAGUUCCAGCUCUUCUAGUGGCCACAGCUCUGCUGCUGGGUCACGCUGACCCCGCAACACACUUUGGACCAUUUGGGCUGACCUUUCCCAGCCUGACCAGGUUCACAGACGCUCCUCUUCCACUCUCUGCAGGCCCCACGGCAGCUCCCCACCUGGUUGCCCUGUUCUCAGUAGUGAGCUUGCUGCUGACAGAAAGAAGCCCUUUUGGCCAGGCGGGUGGCUUCAUGGGGGUACCUGGAGAGGAGAGCCUGGCAUCCUGCCCGUAGGAGGUUGCCAGCCCUGCCAGGGCCCAGUGUAGCAGGCAGGGGCCUCGUCUCUGCCGUCAGCGGCCAAGGAUCACAGCUGGGAGUGUGGUUCCAGCGUUUCCGGGGGGCCAGCUUCACCCUGCACACGAGUAUGCAGUCACUGGGCCCCAUUGGUGCCACUGGGAAAGACUGAUAAUGCGGCCUUAGCGGGGAGCCCCCGGAGGCUGCACCCCCAUCAAUGCCAGGCUUUAGCUGCCAGUGUUCUGAUAGCGCCAGGAUUGGGGGGAAUCGGGAACUCACCUGCUAGGAAGGUCGUUGUGACAUGGGAUCACUGGGCGUUUCCUUCAAGCCUCCACAGGCAGCACAUACAUGUCCAUCCCUGCCUGAGACCCCCAGCAGGCUGGGGGUGGGAUCUAGAGGCUCACUUUGCUGCCCUGGACCCCCUGUGGGAAUCAGCGGUGGUGUCCCCCCAGUGGGAAUCAGCGGUGCCCCCUCCUCUUUGCCCCCUGGCACUCAGUGGUGCGCUUGUCUAGCUUGAGACCUGUUCCCUUCUCCCUGCAGGGGACAUGUGGCCUUCACCUCAGCCCCCUGAGCCACACACACGGUCUCUAGGUCUCCAAAGCCUCUGUGUAGCGUGUCCUCCCCGGGCCUGGGCUGUCCAUCCGUUGUCCAGCCUUUGUCCCAGAAAACAAAGGGGCUGGAGACCCAACUCCUCUGGGAUGCAUCACUGAACCCUUAAGGAGAGAGGGUGUCUGCCUCUGCAGCCCCGGCCAAGGCCUUGCUGGCCUUUGCCAAGGAAAAGAGCUGCGGACUGCCUCGGUCCUAGUGCGGUGACAGUGCAGAGCCGGUGCCCGUGUUCUGAUUCUGAGGGGCAAACCUGUGCCUCUUAGGGGUGGGCGGCCUCGUGCUUCCUCACGGGGGGCGCCCAGAGUCACUUUCUAAAUGAGUCUUGGCCAAGCCCUUUGGACUGUGAUGCUCCCGCCAUAUUUCAAUGCCAAAUGAACCGCAUUCCCAUGACCACCCGGGCGGUGGGAGAUGGGCCGUCUUACCUUGGGUUCAUCUGCCCCUGUUCUGCUGGUCCUGGCCUGACUGCAGGAGGGCAGCCUCUCUGCACCCCUGCAGGCCUACGUCUUGGGACCCCCAGAGGUUGGCUCCGAGGGCCCAUCCCCUCUUCCUAAGAGUUCCGAUGAUGCAGGGGAAAGUGACUGCGUUCCUGAAGCAACCACCGCCUACAAGGUCAAGGGUGAUCAGUGGUUGCCGGGGUUCGUGGACCCCUGCCGCCCACUCAUCAUCAAGUCUGUUAGCCCAGUUGCCCUGCUGAACCGCCGCCUAAACACAGGCUUCAGGCCCCCCUGGAUUCCCGCCAAGGCUGUUCAGGCGGGGCCGCGGUGCUUGU